AUGCCUGGUAUCAGGGAGUCGAUCAACUCGGUAUCUGGGAUUUGCUACGACAGUUUUUAUGAACUAAAAACCCAAAUUCAAAACUGGUUUGGUUUUAAUUUCAAAAUAGCAUUAGGACAAUUAAAUAAGAGAAACAAGAGCUUUUCUAGCUGCUUUGCAGAACACCUAACUUUUGCUAACAACUCUAUUUUAAACAAAAGUCUGUCCACCUCUGACGCCUGUCUUUUUUUCUGCUCUGACGUAUUACAGUUGGCAGAUUCGUAG